GAUGAAAAAAAACGGUCAAAACAAAGAAGGCAAAACUGAGCGAAUUCAAAAGGUCCGCAGUAUGUGGACACUUAUAAUAGAAGCGCUUACAUCUCUGAAAAAGGAAGUUGUGGAUUCUGUACUUGAAUGUUGUGUUGAUAAGUGCGUUUUAGAUGGAACUACUGUGGAUUUGCGUGUUCCACAGCCCUUGGUUCACAGAGUUGCAAAUGACGUACACCAACUUUGUACAGGAAAUACCUAUGAAGAUGGAAAACUGAAUUUCUUAACCAUCAUCCAGUUGUUAAAUGAAAGCCUGAGGGCACUAAGAGAUGAACGUUGUCAGUCGGAAUUAAAACAACAAUUUCAGGUCAUUGAAAAUAAGGUUACACUCAGCAAUAAAGUACUACAAGAGGCUAAAGCAAAGAGGCUAAAAAGAGAGCAACAACAUUGUGUGUUGAAUGCCUCUAUUUCUAGAGAACAGGAAGACUGGGAAGGGAAGUGGAAAAGCUUUCUUGGCCAGUGUCCUUUGAAUUUAAUCUUAGCUCAAGAACCAGAGCUUGAUAUAAGAACUUUGCUGCCCAGUUCUGUUAACCUUGCAGAAGAUAAUGAGGAUAGAGUCUUUCGGCAACACCUGACUUUAGAUUUUCGGGACUUUAUUAAUGAAGAAAGUUGUGAGGAACCUGAUAGGGCAUUGAGAACUAUGAUUUCAACACACCACGAGGAUGGUGAUCAACACCACCAGUCAACACCACCCCUAGGAUGUCCGACUUCAGUGCCUCUGGCGUUGUCAGAAGAACCUGAAGACAGAGACAUGUCCAUGGAAGAAAACUUGCCUAUUGAAACUUGCAAGGAAAAAGAAAAGUCUCUGCCUUCAGAGAUCUUGAAAAAUAGAAAGGACCAGCCCACAGUUUCAGAAAUGUGCGAGAAUUCAGGUGAUGAUGUUACCCAGGCAGAGUCUCCUGACAAAGAAGACAACCUUCUAAAGAAAGCUCAAGAUGAUCUGGCAGAAGAGGUUGCAAAAGCAGUGAUGUCCGAGUCGCCUCAGCGUGGUGAAGGAGAAGGAAUGGCAUUAAUAGAUCUCAUGAUGUCACUGGCUUCUAACCCAUUUUUAACAAGGAAACAAAUUCCCCGAACUCCAGAAAAUCUGCUUACUGAAAUUAGAAGCUCAUGGAGAAGAGCUAUUCAGACUGAGGGCUCAUCAGACGUAGAGCUGACCUCAACCGAAGCAGUGACAGAAGAAGCUCGAGUUGAUGGUAGACCUAUAAUGCAGAAAGUGUCAGAUUCUAGAUUCUGUACCACUGCAUCUUCUGUACCUGACCCUGAUUCUUUGUUGUCAGAUGCAAAGUCCCAAUUAAAUAUUACAGAACUGAGACCUUGGAAGCAUAUGACAGGAAGUCAGAUCGUUGGAGCUUCAAUUCUGGAAACAUUUGGAAUCCGAGAGGGUGAAAGAACUGAAGAACAGGAAUUAGCAUGUAUUGCUUUGGACAAAUGUAUUGUAGAAGAUUCAGAGGAACAAGAUUGUCAGUGUGUAACAAAGAGAAUGAAAGCACCAGAUACUUACUUGGAAAACAAUAGAACCAAGGUUUUUCCUUCAGACCAUUUUCGGUGUUCCUUAAUGGGUGGGACGUUGCACUGUGGUGUAUCUUCAUUGCUAAGCUCUAUCAGUCAUGAUGCUGCCUCUCUGAGGAUAAUGGAUGAGACCCUUCCAGAAGAACCUGAUAAUGUAGAUCCCAACAAAUCUGAAAGCUCAGAGUCUUAUUUUGAUAUAAUAGACAUGUCACAUGUUGCAGAUGGUUUGAAAAAUAAGGGGGAUAUUCAAAAGUUAAAGCUUUGUCGACAGUCCAUGUUGCACACACCUGAAGUGCUGGAAAAGACUACAUCAAGAAGUGAAGAGGAGCUGCAUCAAACACAUAGUGGAGGUGAAUAUGUCAGUUGUAGGUCAGACCUAAGUUUUUCACCACAAAAAAGAGAGAGAGAGAGAUUGUGCAGUCCUCUGGAACACUUCCGCUUGGAUGAAGAAUUUACCAGGACACCAACACCAGUAUCUCUUAAUGAAAAAAAAGUUUCGCUGACAUCUUUGCUGGUAUCCUGUCAACAUCUGGAUGAAAUGGCAUCAGCAGUACAUGAAAUACCAUUAGACUUACUACAUAAAUUACAGGAUGAAGAGCAGUUGAAUGAGAAGGCGGGCACAGAGGAACCAUCAUCAGGAUAG